AUGCCUAAAUUAAACAGGGCCAACUCAAAGAGCUCAAUUCUCAAAAGGAGAACUUCAGCGAACUCGAUUUUUUCAGUGGGUAACAAUAUUAUUUCUGGCAAUGCGUUCCCCGCGACUGAUGACGAUUACCAAAAUAAUCAUAAUCCUGACACGACUGAUAUGAUGGAUAGAUAUCAAAUUGAUGAGAUCUAUAGCCGUGUGGUUGGUAAUAGCUCAGUGAUCAUUCCAGCAACUGGAGAAACUUCUCAUGAUCAUGACGUCAGUCUUCUAGAUUCAGCGAUAACUGGUACGCCGCCCAUAAUAGUGUUGAGACCCAAUGUUGAAGAGGGUUUGCCGUUGUAUCAUCACCAACAAAUAAGAUAUAUAGAAAGACUAAAACAUAAACUAACCGCGUUUACUGGAGUGAUUGUGCGAAAUUAUCUCUCUAGUGAUGUCCUCAAAUGCUCUAUCGCGUACUUCAUCGCGUCAUUGGGGGUUUAUUGUAAACCCAUUGGCCAGUUACUCGGUUCAAGUGAUAAUAAGCAUUUAGUGGCGACUGUAGCGGUUUAUUUCCAUCCUUCAAGGUCAAUUGGAUCGAUGCAUCAAUCAAUACUAUUCAUAAUGAUCUCAUUGCUUUACAGUCUUUCCAUCAGUGUGUUUUGUGCAUUUUUUUCAAACUAUAUGUAUAACAUUUCCCAAGAUGAAAUUAGCUAUUUAAUCAAUAUCAUUGUGAUUUCUAUUGCAUUGAGUGUGGUGAGUGUUUUCAAGAUCAAAAUGGGUAAACAGACUUUUAACGUUGCGUGUUCGUUGGCUUCAACUUCUAUGAUUUCUACCAUUGUCAAAGAAGGGAGCAGAAAAUUCAUUAAUGACGAUGAAAGCAUUGGUAAUUCUCAUACUAUUCCAUUUGAUAGAUUGAAUUCAGUUUUCAGGAUUGUGAUUGCUGGUGCAAUGGUGUCUAUUGUUCUUUGUUAUACAUUGUGGCCAAUCAGCGCCAAUGAUAGCAUCAAGAAACAUUUAAACGAAUCGUAUUAUCUAAUGAGUGAUUACCUAUCAUUGUUAUCUGAUAAGUUUUUGACCGGGCAGAAUAAACACGAAGUGGCAAUCACCAAAGUUCAAGCCCAGUUAAAGAAAUGUGUUAAGAAGUUGAAAACUGAUUUGGAAGAGUGUAAAUAUGAAUUGUUGGUGUCUGGUAAAGAGACUGAAUAUUCCACCUUAUCAAAAAUUGUGGAUUCUACAAUUAUCUUAACCAGAUAUCUCGCUGGUUUGAAAAAUAGUACAGAUAUGCAAUGGGAUUUACUUCAUGAAUAUGAAUUGAAAAAUAACAAGGGGAAAAAUAAGCUGCGCCCACAAUUUUUGCCAAAACUCAACAAUGAAGGUUGUCAUUCUAAAAGUGGGAACUUGAAACUCGAUCUUGACGCUGUUAGUGAAUUACUGGAUGAGCUUGAUAUUGAAACUUCAACAACCAAAGAUUAUGGAUCAGAGACGAUCCUACCACCACAAUUAUUCAACCUUUUCAUAUUUUAUCUUGGUCCAUCUAUCAAAUCAUUUUCUUUCACCGUUAGAGAAAUUUUGGACCAUGUUCCUUUUGAUAACAACGAACCAUAUAAAAUUGUGGAAAAUAUUAGCAUGUUUGCUGAAAGUUUAAACAAGGCUCAAGAAUUGUUCAACAGCAAACAGACCGUUGCCAUGGAAAAGAUCUAUAGCAAUGAGAAAAUUUUCAAAAUUGUUAAUGACGAUGAACAUAUUAUUAUAGAUGAAUUGAGAGCUGAUGGAGAAGAAGUGGCGGCAAGUUGCUUCAACUUUUCAUAUUCCAUUAUGGAGUACUCUAACGAAUUGAACAAUGCAUUACAAUUGUUAAAACAGUAUUCUUGUGAUAUUGAAAAUGAUAAAAAGUCUUUUGGAUGGUCAAAAUUUUGGAAAUAUUGGAAAUUUUCUUGGAAACGGAACAGUCUUGAUAAUAGUGAGACUCAUGAUGAACUGGAAAUCCCAUUGGUUAAAAACCACGAGAUUAGAGAUCAUGAUGGUCGACCUCAAUUGAAUAUUUUCAAACACACUGGUUUUGAAAGCCUGUCUGAUUUUGAUGGCAGUUCCAAAACCGCUCGAUACAAAUUGUGGAAAUUUUUCAACACUUUUCGCCGUUCGGAUAUUCAGUUUGGAAUGAGAGUUGGUAUAGGGGCAUUUAUUCUAUCCUCUAUUGCUUUCAUUCCUCAAACUAGAAUGAUUUUCAUUGACUGGAGACUCGAGUGGGCAUUGGUUAUUUAUUCUAUCAUGAUGAACCAAACGGUUGGGGGCACACAAAUGACGGUGAAAUGGAGAUUUAUUGGCACUUUUCUUGGGUCGAUGACGGCAGUGAUCACUUGGACAUUAUUUUCUGGUCAUCCUUUGGCGUUGGCGACCGUUGGUUUUCUUAUUUCGAUUCCUUCUUUCAAUAUCAUUUUGAAAUGGCCAAAGUUCAACGCGUAUGGUAGAUUCAUCUUAUUGACUUACAAUUUGACGGCAUUAUAUAGUUUCAGUAUGACUUUAGAUGAUGAUGAAGAUGAUAGAGAAGGUGGAAACUCUCCAUUGGUCCGAGCAAUUGGAUUUCAUAGAUUUGUUAGUGUUUCUGUCGGUAUUUGUUGGGCACUUUUCAUAACUUCGUUUGUGUUGCCGUCGAGCGCAAGAAGCAGGUUGAAGAAAGGAUUGAGCUUACUUUGGUUGCAAUUGGGAAUAUUAUGGAAUAGUGAUCCUUUAGAUUACAAGAUGAGAAAAGGCUCCCAAAAUGAGGACAAUAACAAAGAUGAUGAUAACAGUAAACCACGGUACGAACUUGUUGGGGUGCCGCUUCAUAAGUUCAAAGUCCAUGAUUUGUUUUCUCAAUUAGAGACAUUAUGCUCGCAAGCACCAAUGGAAUUUCGAAUCAAAGGACCGUUUAAUUUUGAAAAGUAUCGUUCAUUAUUAGACUCGUCCGAAGUGAUCAUUAAUGCUUUUGAAAAUAUGAACAUGAUUAUUUUGAAGACUAAUGAGAGUUACUUGGACUCUACUGGGCUGCAAUCACUUGGAACUGAGUCACCCAACAGUAGCAAUUUCUUGUCAACUGAUAAUUCAUUUAUGGUUCUUAAUUUCAUUAAGGAUGAGCGUGAGGAGCUUGAAGGAAGAAUCCUUUUGAAUUUUUAUAUGAUUGCCUCGGCUAUGAAAUUGGGGCUUCCAUUACCCUCAAAAGGUAUUUCCACUACCCAUGCCAAAGAUCGAAUGUUGCUGAAGUUGGCUAAAAUCAGAAAGUACCAAAAGGAGAAUAGUAAUUGUGUUGAUGAUGAUCACAUCAAUGACAAGGACUUCACUAUUAUUUACUCUUAUAUAUUGGUGUCUUCACAAAUUACCAAUGAAAUCGGCAAUAUAACUGAUCUUAUCCAUGACUUAUUUGAAAAGGUCACCCCUGAGGAAUUGAAGUUGUGA